AUGCUGAUCUCGCUGAUCGGACCGCCUGGUUCGGGCAAGGCGUCGGUGGCGCACUAUCUCGCUACACAGCAUGGCUUCGAGGUGCUGUGCACGGACAACGGCAUCUGCGACGCACUAACCGCGUUCGGCUUAAGUGCAACUUCGUGUGGAGACGAAAAGGCCAUGUUGGACCUUGUCACGGAUCGGUGGCACGAGCGCUUUGUCACGCUGGACCUCACCACGGUGCCGGACAUGGAGGCGUUCAUCAAGCGACCGUUCUUCCUGUGCGUUGAAGUCGGGGCGCCGCUUCUUACGCGGUGGAAACGAUACCAGGCCAAGCACAGGAGCCUCCCGCUCGAGAAGUUCGUUGCGCUGGAUGACGAGAUCGCAUUCGGAAAGUCGACCGCCCAAGCAUCUGCAAGGCAGCCAUUGGUACGGUCUGGGUCUUCGGCGAUGGGCGGCAACGGAAUCGUCGACAACCUCGCCUCGGUCUCAAUCUCGUCCCCUUCUGCGGGGCUCGCGGCAUUGCGGCGGUACGUGCACGUCUCGAUCAUCAACGACUUUCCCGACCGCGACUCUCUCUACUCUCACCUAUCGUCUCUCAAUCUCCCCUCCGAGGAGCGACUGCGUCCAUGUUGGGACAGCUACUUCCUCAAGCUGUGCAACCUGGCGUCGCUGCGUAGCAACUGCAUGAAGCGUCGCGUGGGUGCGGUGCUCGUCUCGUCCAACCGCAUCAUCUCCACCGGCUACAACGGCACUCCCUCAGGCCUGCUGAAUUGCAAUCAGGGCGGAUGUGCGCGCUGCAACAAUACGCUCGAAAAGGGCGCCAGCGGCUGUGGGCAGAACCUCGACGAAUGCCUCUGUUUGCACGCCGAGGAAAACGCCCUGCUCGAAGCUGGACGCCAAAAGAUUUCAACGGGACAGGAGGGAAAGGGCGCAACCAUGUAUUGCAAUACUUGUCCGUGCUUGCGGUGCGCUGUCAAGAUCAUUCAGUCCGGGAUAAGGACCGUGGUGUAUCAGCUCGAGUACUCGAUGGACGCAAGAACCAAGGCCAUCUUUGCCCAGGCCGGCGUCGAGAUUCGUCAGUUCCACCUGGAUACCUGA